GGUUUCGAUCGCGCACUGACUACUGACUAGGGCAAAUAACUAAGCUUCAGUGUCUGUUUGGCAGUAGAAGUGAAUUUUGGCUCUUCAGCCAAUCUAAUGGAACAGCGUUUUUUCGAGCAAGUGUCAGCUGCGAUCGUGUUAAACAAAUCAAACAUUCGCCACAAACGCGAUAAUUGCCGCAAACAGCAAAUAUUAUUGCUGCUAUUAUGUUGUUUAAACGGAUCAUCGAAGGAAAGUCGAUGUUGAACACGGAUUCGAAAAAUAGGUUACCGGAGAAAUGUUCUAGAAGAAAGUCGGAAUGCGACAGUUGUUGGGAACAUUCCACUAUAUUGGAGGAAAUGAUGAAGAUGGUACUACUCGGUUUAGUAUUAUGGGCAGGAGUUACCUUUGGAACUCAUUUUGCUCCUUAUCCUCUCAACUUAAUCGUCAGUACAGAUAUAAUUCAUCCACCACCGAUGUACGACUUCCCGUUUCCGAGCCCUAGAGUCCUAAAAAAACUAGGACCUAUUACUGCUGCUGAUAUUGAGAAUGCAAUAAAUCGCAGCCAGUUUUCUGUGUCAACGCUGAAACGUUUGGAGGACAACAUAGGUGGACCGGACCCAGGAUCUGCAGGACAGGGACUUACAAUAUAUGGACUACCUUCGAUGGAAGCGAUGGAGUACAAUAAAUUGUCCUUAAUUAUUACUAAAGCAACGCAAAAUUUGCUCUGGAGUAAAUGCUCCUGGUAUGGUGUGGAGAGAGAUGAGUGCGCUGGUUACAUUAGCACAAUAAGCUUACAAGAAAGCGAAUAUGGACCUCAAUGUGCCCAGUUAGAAAGGUUCACUUGUCCUAAGAACAAAAUGUCAUUGAAGUACCGAAUGUUCGAUGGUUCUUGUAACAAUCCUGUAAGAUCUUCUUGGGGUCAAGCGCUCACUGGAUAUAAACGUCUCUUGCACCCAAAAUACUCUGAUGGCAUCAAUGAACCUCAUCGCGCCGCAAGUCACAACGCUCUACCUUCACCCCGUUUAGUAAGCGUAGUUUUAGGUGGUAACAUGGAUGUUCCAGAUGAAAAGAACACAAUUGUUUUGCCUUUGUGGAGUCAGUUUAUUUUGCACGACUUGGUACACACGCCGAUGAGCAGAACAAUUCACUCUAAAGAAGCGAUUAGUUGCUGUGACAGUUCUGGUAGGAACCGAGCCCCCCGAAACUUGUAUCCAAGCUGUAUGCAAAUCGCCGUGCCCAAUGAUGCAGUGUAUGGCGAGUUUGUCGAUUGUAUGGAAUAUGUGCGCUCUGUUACCACCUUCAGGGGAGACUGUACCUUUGGGCCUGCGGAACAGAUGAACCAAGCAACCCAUUUCCUGGAUGGGUCGCAUAUCUAUGGCACAAACAGUAUAACCGCUGCAGCUCUUCGAGACAAGACCGGUGGUCUUCUAAAGACUACCUCAAUAGAUAAUGAAGAGCUACUGCCUGUAGUGGCAGAGCCGGAUACGAAGUGCCUUGUCCAACACGAGUCUGACGCUUGCUUUGAUACCGGUGAUGUCCGAGCAAACAUUCACCCAGGUCUCACGAGUCUCCACACAUUGAUGGUCAGAGAACAUAACCGUAUAGCCAAAGCAUUGGCAAACCUCAACCCCAGUUGGAAUUCCGACAAGUUGUACCACGAAGCGAGAAGGAUCGUUGUGGCGGAGUUACAGCACAUUACGUACAAACAUUGGCUGCCUGCCUUGACUGGCAAAACUUACGAUGAGCUAUACGAUGGCUACGACAACGGUUACAACCAGGACAUCGACCCCACUAUAACGAAUUCGUUCGCAACCGCCGGUUUCCACUUCGUGAACAGCCAAUUCGACCAGGACAUCGAGAUGUUAGAUGAGAACAACAACUUGACGUCACAUCGCCUAAAGCACAAUUACUUCAACCCGCAAUUGCUCGUGGGGAAGAAGGGUCUGGAGAAUCUUCUUAGGGGAAUGGUGAAUCAAAAGAGUCAACGUAUGGAUUUGAACUAUGAUGAUGAUCUGCAUCACUUCUGGCUGGGAGGGCUGGACGUGUUAGCUAUAGAUAUUCAGCGCGGACGCGAUCACGGCAUGGCUCCAUACACGCAAUACCGCGCACUGUGUGGACUUCCACCGACCACUUCCUUCCAAGACCUCGCCGACGUCAUGACGGACACGACAAUUAAAUCGUUGCAACGCGUAUAUGAAGAUCCAAUUGACAUAGAUCUUGUAGUUGGAUUAAUGUCUGAAAUUCCCCUCGACGGCUCUCUCCUCGGACCUACUGCUACAUGUUUGAUCAGGGAGCAGCUGCAUCGCACGCGGGUCGCCGACCGGUACUUCUACACGCACGCGCACGAGGCCGGCGCCUUCAGCAAGCGGCAGCUGGCCGAGCUGCGGCGCGCCUCGCUCGCCGCCCUUCUGUGUUCCAACACGCGCCUCGCCGCGCUGCAGCGGGACGUCUUCCGACCGCCCUCCGGCGACAACCCUAUCGUAUCUUGCGACGCGAUUAAGAGAGUUAACCUCGAAGCCUGGCAGGACCCAUCCGAACAACCUGACAUCUUGACGCGAACCAACAAAUGGAUCAAAAACAAAGUGGGCACUAAUUCAACCAAAUAGACUGGCAGCCUAUAUUUUAUAUAUUCAUCAUCAGAAUUUUCUGUUAGAUAUAUGUAUAGUUGACCAAAUCGGGUAUAAGUUCCUACUAAAUUUAAAGGCGUAAGAAAUUCUAUCUUGAGGCUUGAAAAUACCUUCUUAUGAAACGACUAAUAUUUUCGAAUGUGUCUGAAGAUCCACUAUUUAUGUAUUUUGUUCUAGUAGCCAACUGGACGUACGACACUAACAGAAACUUCUAAUGGCAAGGUCAUAUUAUAGUCCAUUUUGAUGUCCUAUUUGUCUGAAAAUUUGUAGACUUAUUAUAAAAUAUUGACAUUAUUUAGACUUUAGGUAUAAACAUUUUUAUUACAUUAGACAUUCUCAUAUAAAAAAUACAUAGAAAAUGAGUAUAGGAUAAUUAUAUAUUAGUAUUUAUCCGUAGUUUUCCGUAGGUCUGCGGAGAGAUUUAAGUGAAAGCAAACGUUAAAAUUGUUUUUAAUUAUUUUUCGAAAGUAUUGUUUAAAAAGAAUUCAAUUACUUAUGAAUGGUGCUUUUAUAGAAAUUUAAUGACUGAUACUUAUUAUAUUAAUUUUAUUAGUCAAAUGUAUUAGAUGAUUGGACAUUAAUCGCAGCUUGAAAUAUAGUUUUGUUUUGUUUUAUCUAUAAAUUUUGAUUAACGAUGUUGUGCGUACCGCAGAUCUUAAUUUACAAAUCGAGUUUUUCAGUAUUGUGGUUGUUUACAUUUACAAUCUACCUAUUAUGUCUAGAAUAAAAUUUUGACUUGCAUAAAAAUUGUAGAUAGGUCAAACUAAAAUCAUGUCCGUUUCCUACGGACGCCAUGUUGUGCAGAGGCUGUGAUAACGUAAAAUAAAUCACUUAUGACGUUAGUCCUAUAAAGACGUGUUACAGUCCUUGAGACCUAUAUAUUAAAAGAUCAGGGACUUUAGUGUAAAAUUAGGUCAUUCGCGUAAUCAGACGUUUCUUUUAACAAGUUCAUAAGCGAACCAUGAUGCGCUUUUGCUAUUUUAUAGAUCUGAAGUUAAUAUUAUGGUAACCAUUACGAUGUUAACGGUCAGAUUUCGCGGCGGCCAUUUUAGACAUUUCCGACAUUGACGUCAGUUCGCAUAUCAAAACUUGUAACAGAAACGUCUGACUAAAUGCGAUCAGCUAAAACUCCACUGGGACUACUCAAAUCGCUUGCAUUUCAAAAUACUAGAACUUAGGUUUAAGAAAUUCCAUUUUCACAGCUUGUGUUUAUACAAUGAUACAUAAUUCAUAUAUUCUUAAAAGUAAUUGAAUUAUAAUGCACAAUUAUAGUUUUUUUUUUGACAUACCUAAAUGUAGUUUUCUAAAAAAAGGUGACGUACUUACCGAAAACCGUUGUAAAAUCCCUAUACUUAAUACUAUGUAACAAUAAUAGCGAAACGAGAUUUAAUGGAUAUUAAAAUUAUAUUUAAUUUUUAUUUUCUUUUAGCGGAUUUUUUAAUUUAAGCCACAAUUUGAAAAUAUUUAGGAACUAAUUUAGUAUCAAAAAAUAUGUAACAAACGCUAGACGUUUCGAAUAUUUGCGCCAUUCUACCAAAGACUUGAUGACACCUAUUAGCGAAUAAUUUUAAUUUAGGUAUUUCGAUUGUAAUACAAUUGGACAAUAUAAGUCAACAGAGAUAUCAUUUAAAAGAUUAAAAUAUAGAUUAACUCACUUAAUUUGGUUAUUAAAUAUUUUUAUUAAAUUGGUUUUUGCAUUUGGCAGCCAUGUUAUAAAACGAUUAUGUAUUCGCUAAAAUAAAUUGUUUUUUGUGAAUACUUAUUUUCCUAUCAACUAUAUUAUUAAUGCUUAUUUUCGUUUAUAGAAUAUAUUUUUAAUAUGGAAUAUUAUACAAAUAUUAUAUGUAAAAUUAUUAAAAGCUCUAUAUAUGUUGUCAUACAAUAAAUGUAAUAAAUCUACCGACGCUCUUUACUAUUUGUCAAGAGAUAAGUUUUGCUUUUCUAGGUCACAUUUUGGCUUGCCAUUUAAAAUAGUAUUUCUUUUUGAUUAGUGUAUAUACCUUUGUAUCGAAUUUAAUUCCAUAAUAUUUACUUUUUUAGUUUAUUAAAGUUAUUUAUUAACA